AUGACGGAGUCAAAAAUUGAUACCUUUGUGAGAAAUCUCACGAAUGAGAAAUGGGAAGUUGCGAAGAGAGUAAAUGUCGCCGUCGAACUUCGAGAUACCAUGGAGAGCUUGUGCUCUGGGCCCAACUAUUCCAUUUUUCUGGCGAAGCUAUGGCCUGUUUUCAAGACUCUUUUGAAGGGCGAUCCGGUGUUCACAAACACAUCAUUUGAGCAUAAAUUACGAAACUGCCUUCUCGAAACUUUGCAUCGUCUGCCCACAGCUUCGCCCGAUGUCGAGCCUUACGCAGUUGACAUGGUGGAUACCUUGAUGCAGCUCGUUAGGGUUGAAAAUGAAGAAAAUGCUGUUCUCUGUAUGAAGACCAUCAUGGAUUUGGUGCGCAACCAAGUCAAGGCAACAGCUUCGCGAGUCCAGCCUUUCCUCGAACUCAUCCAGGAGAUGUUUCAGGGUAUGGAGGAAGUGGUGCGGGAUACGUUCGAUACUCCAGCCCAAGGCACAACGCCUGGUAUGCCUUCGACACCGGGUGCUGGUGCUCAGAACUUUCAGUCUCCACGACCAUCUUCCCCCGGUGCCUCAGUUUCAGACCUGGGUCCCGACCAACAGGCAAAUCAUCAUUUGCAAAAAGGUAUGCAGUCGUUUAAGGUGUUGGCCGAAUGUCCCAUCAUCGUCGUUUCGAUAUUCCAGGCACAUCGUAACACUGUCAAUGCCAAUGUGAAGCUGUUUGUCCCGCUUAUCAAGAGCAUCUUACUCCUUCAAGCUAAACCACAGGAGAGAGCACAUGCAGAAGCCCACGCCCAGGGGAAACUGUUUACAGGGGUGUGCAAGGAGAUCAAGAAUCGCGCCGCUUUUGGUGAAUUCAUCACUGCUCAAGUAAAAACUAUGAGCUUUCUUGCCUAUCUUCUUCGCAUGUAUGCAAACCAUUUGCAGGAUUUCUUGCCAACUCUUCCAGGGGUUGUCGUUCGGCUGCUGCAAGAUUGUCCACGUGAGAAAUCCAGCGCGAGGAAGGAGCUCCUGGUCGCCAUCCGUCACAUCAUCAACUUCAACUACCGACGGAUCUUCCUCGUUACAAUCGACCAACUAUUGGAUGAAAGGACGCUUAUCGGAGACGGUUUGACCGUUUACGAGACUAUGCGACCUCUUGCAUACAGCAUGCUUGCCGACUUGAUUCACCAUGUGCGAGACCAUCUUACGAGGAACCAGAUUCGCAAGACUGUGGAAGUCUACACCAAGAACCUCCAUGAUGACUUCCCAGGAACCAGUUUCCAGACAAUGAGUGCAAAGUUGUUGUUGAACAUGGCCGAGAAAAUCUCGAAGCUGGAAGACAAGCAAGAUGCACGGUACUACCUUAUCAUGAUUCUAGAUGCCAUUGGUGACAAAUUCGCCGCUAUGAACUAUCAGUUCGAUAAUGCUGUCAAAGUUUCUCGCGCAAACAGCAAACGCACUGACUCUACUCCGGAGAACUAUCUCUCUGAUCGCGAUUCGCCUCCAGAUUGGGACGAAAUUGACAUUUUCACAGCCGUCCCUAUCAAGACUUCCAAUCCUCGCGAUCGAGGUGGUGAUCCAGUUUCCGACAAUCUAUUCCUGUUCAAGAAUCUGAUCAAUGGCUUGAAGAACAUCUUCCAUCAAUUGAAGAAUUGCAACCCGACACACAUUCAAAUCGAUCCCAGCAACACGCCGAUCAAUUGGCCUGAAGUGUCAUAUGGUUACAAUGCUGAAGAGGUCAAGGUCAUCAAGAAGCUCUUCCAUGAAGGCGCCCGCGUCUUCCGUUAUUAUGGCGUGGACCAGCCUGCCCCCGACGUCAAUUACUCUUCUUCAUUCGAGUAUCUUGCCAGUCAGUAUACUGCUCCCAUGGGUCCCCAGGAGAAGGAGCUUCUUGAAAGCUUCGGAACAGUAUUCCAUUGCAUCGACACAGCGACCUUUCACGAAGUUUUUCAUAGCGAGAUUCCUUAUCUUCACGAAUUGAUGUUCGAGCACCCUGCUCUCAUCCACUUGCCACAAUUCUUCCUUGCAAGUGAAGCAACCUCUCCUGCCUUCUCUGGUAUGGUCCUUCAAUACCUGAUGGACCGUAUACAAGAAGUGGGGACAUCAGAUAUGGCGAAGGCCAAGAUUCUCCUAAGGAUGUUUAAACUGUCUUUCAUGGCUGUCACUCUUUUCUCAAAUCAAAACGAGCAGGUUCUCUAUCCCCACGUCACCAAAAUAGUCACGAAAUGCAUUGAAUUAUCCGUGACCGCCGAGGAGCCAAUGAAUUACUUCCUUUUGCUACGUUCACUAUUCCGUAGCAUCGGUGGUGGAAGGUUCGAACUGUUAUACAAGGAACUACUCCCACUCUUGGAAAUGCUUCUGGAAACAUUUAACAACCUUUUACUGGGCGCUCGCAAGCCUCAAGAACGCGAUCUUUACGUCGAGCUAACUUUGACUGUGCCGGCACGUCUAAGUCAUCUCCUUCCUCACCUCAGUCAUUUGAUGCGCCCAAUCGUGGUUGCUUUGAGAGCAGACUCGGAUUUAGUUGGUCAAGGCUUGCGUACUCUUGAGUUGUGUGUUGAUAAUCUGACAGCCGACUACUUGGACCCCAUCAUGGCGCCAAUUAUGGAUGAAUUGAUGACAGCACUCUGGGAUCACUUACGACCACAUCCCUACAGUCAUUUUCACUCUCACACGACAAUGCGGAUUCUGGGUAAAUUGGGUGGUCGCAACCGCAAGUUUUUGAAUCAUCCACCUGAACUGACCUUCCAACAAUUCGCCGACGAAGUCCCUAGUUUCGAUGUUAGGCUGAUUGGACCAAAUGAGAAGCGACCGUUCCCGAUUGAGAUCGGCGUAGAUGUGGCCUAUUCAAAGCUGCUGGAAAUUCCGAAGACACCCGCAGCGAAAGCUUCCGACACAUAUUACAAGCAACAGGCUUUCCGUAUGCUAAGCUCUCAGUUGAAACUUUACAUUGGCUAUGACAACCUGCCUGAAGACCUUGCAUCCCUUAUCCGGCUUCAAGCUGAUGAUCUUCUGGAGAGCAAAAUUCAAGGGCCUGUCGACAUAUUUGAUAAAUCCGAAAGGUCCAGCUCAAUCCCAAAGAAGCUCGUUCAAGAGGAAACCUUGAAGAAGCUGCUCAAGGCAUGUUUCUUUGCAACUUCGAUUCCCGAUCUCGAACAAACUGCGACCAGCUUCGUUACAGAUGUUUGUCGUCACAUUGUUGUUGUCGAAGUGGGCCGAGCACUGGCACAGGCUAGACAUACUAGACGUCCUUUUGAUGUGAACAGUGGUGAAGGUCCAGUAUACUUGGACUCUCGCUUGCUUGCAAAUGUCAUUGUGGACUGUUUAUCAUCCGACGAUGCUAAAAUGCGCGACUCGGCCAAAAGGGCUAUGGAAGACAUCAAAGUGGCCGCUGGCGUCAUCUUUGGUGGUGCGGACAAAGCUGCCAAGUUACCAUUUUGGCAACAUCUUGGUCGCGUGUUUUGUCAUAGCUGUCACAGUGAAGAAUGGUUCACUAAAGCUGGAGGUAGUCUAGGUAUCCACCUUCUGGCUACCGAGCUUGACUUGGGUGAUAGCUGGUUGUUUGAACGACAAGCGGACUUUGUUCGUGCCUUGAUGUAUGUCAUCAAAGAUACACCUGCUGAUCUUCCUGCAAGUACUCGUAUUAGAGCACAGACGACCUUGGAGCUUAUUCUGAGACGGUGCAACAAGGGCAUAUCGAAAGAUGAUUUGAAGAACGAAAAGAGUCGUCUCUAUAUGCUUUGUGGUUUUUUCAUUUACGAGUUGUCACACAUGAACAAGCACGUUCGAGAGACUUCACAGAAAUCAUUUUCCACCCUUGCUGAAGUAAUUGGCUGCGAACCGUAUGAGCUGAUGCUGCCGGUGAAGGAUCGUCUGCUGCAAUCCAUCUUUAACAAACCUCUCCGGGCUCUUCCUUUCCCUGUGCAAAUCGGGUUCAUUGACGCCAUUACAUUCUGCCUUGGCCUUCAUAAGAACAUUGUUGUCUUCAACGAUGCCCUUAACCGUUUGAUGUUGGAAUCCCUGGCUCUAGCUGAUGCAGAGGACGAAUCUCUAGCGUCCAAGCCAAACGAGUUCAAGAAUGCAGAAAUGAUUGUCAGCCUGCGAGUAGCAUGUCUUCGUCUACUCUCAAUGGCCAUGAGUUUCCCAGAGUUCGGUGCUGGUCCCAAUGCCAGUAGUCGAAGUAGGGUUAUCUCUGUCUUCUUUAAAUCUUUGUAUUCGAGAUCUCCUGAAAUUAUCGAAGCUGCAAAUGCUGGCCUGCGUGAUGUACUUACACAGACGAACAAGUUGCCUAAAGACUUGCUUCAGAAUGGUCUCCGUCCUAUCCUCAUGAAUCUACAGGACCCCAAGCGGUUGACUGUUGCCGGACUUGAUGGCCUGGCUAGACUUUUGACCUUACUGACCAAUUAUUUCAAGGUUGAAAUCGGACAGCGUCUUUUGGAGCACAUGAAAGUCAUUGCAGACGACGCCACGUUGCAGAAAGUUUCAUUCAACCUUGUCGAGCAGAAUCCAGUGAUGAAAAUAGUGGCUUCGAUCUUUAACAUUUUCCAUCUUCUUCCGCCCGCCGCCACGACAUUCAUGGAGAGUCUCGUCAACAAAGUCCUCGAUUUGGAAGAGAAGCUACGCAGGACGUCAAAUAGCCCCUUCCGCAAACCGCUCGUGAAGUACCUGAAUCGUUAUCCCAAGGAGAGCUGGGCCUUUUUUCAGCAGCGAUUCAAUGACGAACGCUAUGGCCGUUUCUUCGGCCAGGUGUUAGCUGAUCCCGACAGUGCAGUGCUACGAUCCGCCGUAGUCGCAGACACUGAAGGAUUCAUGAAUGCAGCUUUCGGUACCGAGCCAACUGACGGAAAGAACACAGCAGCAAUCAAUGCAAUCUACGUCGUCCAUUCUGUUUGUAUGCAUGAAGCAACGAAGAAAUGGCUCCUGAAUCAGGCCAGUCUUCGACCAAAGCUACUUAGUGUUGGUCGAGAUCUUGAGAUCAAAUUGAGAAAUGACAAACUUCCAGCAAGCGAGCGAUUGAGGGUUGAACAGGCCGAGGAUCAGUUGAUGGACGUUUUCACUAUUUAUCUAGCCGAUUCACUCCAAGAUCUAGACUUCCUGUUUGAGGUUAUUGGCGGUCUAUCCGCUGAUGAGUUGAAGAGGACUCUCGCUUUCCCGAAAUUCAUCUACAAGCACAUCAUCACGAAUGAGUCCAUCGAUUAUAGGAGAUCUGUCAUAAUGAGAUGUCUUGAUCUCUAUGGGCAACGAACGUCAUCUCAGAGGAUGAAAACAUACGCCUUCCGUAAUCUUGUGAAUCCCAUAUUUGCUAUGGAUGUACAGGCGACGUGGAAUAGCCCACCAAACAUUCCGAAAUUGAUGGAUAAGAGCAUGACUGAAUCAAUUCAGAAUCGUCUAUGGCGACCACAGGUUGGCGAUAUCACGGAAGAAUCAAAUCAACCGGGCGUGGACCAUUCCCGCAUGGAGCUACUACAGCUGUCUGCCCUCUUGAUCAAAUAUCACUCUCAGACUGUCCAGGAGUCUCGCAAGGACAUCAUAAAAUUCGCCUGGAAUUACAUUCGCCUGGAAGAUAUUAUCAACAAGUACGGCGCGUACGUACUAAUCAGCUACUUCAUUGCUCACUAUGAAACGCCCUUCAAGAUCGUGAUCCAAGUCUAUGUGGCUCUAUUAAGAGCACACCAAAACGAAGGCAAAGCUUUAGUGACUCAAGCUCUCGAUGUUCUUGCUCCUAUAUUACCAACAAGGAUUACAGCUCCCACCCAGAGCUCACAACAGGCUCCUGAUCUUAGAUACCCAAUGUGGGCUAAGUGGCCUCGCCGCAUUUUAGCAGAAGAGACUGCAAACCUGCAGCAAGUCAUGAGCAUCUUCCAGUUCCUAGUACGACAACCAGAACUCUUCUAUGAGUCCCGAGAACACUUUAUUCCCCUUAUCGUGCCAUCGCUGAGUAAAAUUGCUGCUCCGCCGAACCCUUCGAGUGAAAGCAAGAAGUUAGCACUCAAUCUUAUCGGACUAAUCUGGCACUGGGAAGAGAAGAGAGUCCGUGGAAGUAGCCCAGCAGCUACCGCGUCUGAAUCACCGAACUCGAGGAAGCGCAAACUUGAUGAAACUUCGCAACCCGAGUCUCUUUCCUUGGCAUCAAAGACAGAGUACAGCGUCCCACCAGAGAUGCGAGCUGCGCUCAUCAAGUAUCUGAUCACCUUCAUAACCACACUUCCCGAGCGGUAUCCCGUGCCUGCAUUCAAGCUUCGCGAUCUGACUACAGUGAAGCCUCAACCUCCAGUUGUCACAGGAGACAUGGUUAAGAAAGCGAUGCAGCUAUUGACAAAUCUUCUUCAACCCGAAUACUGGGGCGAUCUGGAUAUCGACUUGUAUCCUAAAGUCACAGAGCCAAUCCUUACGGGUGAGAAAGCCGAGAAGCCUGACGAAAAGCAGACCACUAGCAUGAUCAAUACUUUGCAGAUCCUCCGUGUGCUCAUUGCGUCUAAGUCGGACGAAUGGAUUGUCAACAGGUUGCCAUUGAUCCAGAAGCUCUUCGAAAAGCCAUUACGCUCGGACAACCCAGAGAUUCAGGACUGUUUGCAUUGUACAGACGAGGAUACGAACUUGACUCCAAAGAUUCCACCUCCCAUCAAGCGGGUAUUAGACGCUCUUCCCGAAGACCAGCCAGAGGAAGAAGAUGGCAUGGAUAUGGACAGUUCUCCAUCGGAAUUUGUCACCUUCUUAUCUACAAUCGCUACCGAGGGACUCUCUAAUAAUAACUAUGUCUCUAGCAUCAACGUCUUGUGGACUUUAUCCUCAAGCAGGCCAGCAGAGAUGGAUGCACAUAUUCCUCAACUGAUGAAAGCGUUUUCCCAGAAACUGGCAAAGGAACACGUAGCUGCUUAUGCUACCAAUAUACCUCCUGGUCAGCAUCCUGGAAUCAAGCAAGGUGAAAAUGGCACUCCGGAUCAACAGGAGUUUGAGGUUGGUGUCGAUCUUAUUCUCAAGACUAUUGAUGUUAUCUCCAUCCGUAUGUCUAAUCUCGGUGACCAACGCCGGCCGUUCCUCAGUGUUCUUGCCCAACUCGUUGAGCGGUCACAGAACAUUAAACUCUGCAGUAAGAUUCUUGGAAUGGUUGAAUCCUGGAUUUUCCAUUCUACAGAGUCGUGGCCAACGCUCAAAGAGAAGACGGCUGUUCUGCACAAGAUGCUGCUUUUUGAAACCCGCCCAGAUCAGACAAUGCUCAAGAAGUUCCUUAACUUGGUUAUUCGCAUCUAUGAGGAUAAUAAAAUCACACGAACUGAAUUGACAGUCAGACUAGAACAUGCUUUCCUAAUUGGUACGCGUGCCCAAGACGUGGAAAUGCGAAACCGAUUCAUCACAAUCUUCGAUAAGAGCUUGACUCGCACAGCUAGCUCUCGACUAAGUUACGUUAUAACGUCACAGAAUUGGGACACACUUGCCGAUUCAUUUUGGCUGGCACAAGCUUCGCAUCUUCUAAUGGGUUCUGUGGACAUGAAUACCCCUGCUCGACUGCUACCCGAUGAUAUGACAAUGUAUCCGAUUUCAUUCCUGUUCAGUGCCGCCGAACAAGAUCCCAGAAAAGCGGAUGUCAUGGUUGACAAUCAAUUGGAGAGUCUCGUUGCUGAGUGCAAACGGUUUGCUGCUGACAUUGGAGAUGUGCGAACUCGAGAUCUCCUCGAGCCUCUCUCCCAGCUUCAGCAUACCGAUCCCAAGACAUCAUAUAAACUGUGGACUACCUUAUUCCCUAUGAUAUGGUCAACAUUGUCAAAGGAUGAACGCAUUGAUCUGGAGAAAGGCAUGGUCACCCUUCUUACUCGGGAGUACCAUCAGAGGCAGAUUGACAAGAGACCCAACGUUAUCCAGGCACUUCUUGAGGGGGCCGUGCGGUCCACGCCUCGGUUCAAAGUUCCGCCACAUGUCAUGAAGUUCUUAAGCAGGACGUAUGACGCCUGGUAUACGUCCGCAGUGUAUCUAGAAGAGUCUGCCAACAAGCCAACCAUUGACACUCCGGUAGUGCGAGAGAGCACCCUUGAUGCACUUGUCGAGAUUUUUGCCGGUCUUCAGGAGGAUGAUUUCUUCUAUGGCACCUGGCGAAGACGAUGCAAAUUUGUCGAGACAAAUGCAGCUUUGUCCUACGAACAGCAAGGCAUGUGGGACAAAGCUCAGCAGUUGUAUGAGAAUGCUCAGAUCAAAGCUCGCUCAGGCGCUAUGCCAUUCUCACAGGGAGAAUAUUACCUUUGGGAGGAUCACUGGCUCAUCUGUGCUCAGAAACUUCAGCAGUGGGAAAUCUUAAGUGACUUUGCCAAACACGAGAAUCUCAAUGAUCUUCUUCUUGAAGCAGCCUGGAGAAACAUUGAGAACUGGCAGAGUGACAAUAACCGUGAGCAAUUAGACUCCCUUAUCAAAUCGGUGUCUGAUGCUCCCACUCCACGUCGCACUUUCUUCCAAGCAUUCAUGUCGCUGCUCAACUUCCACCUCAAGAAAGACGGUAUUCAAGAAUUCAACAAUAUCUGCGACGAAUCAAUCCAAUUGUCCAUUCGCAAGUGGCACCAACUCCCGAAGAGAAUCACCAACGCUCAUAUUCCGAUUUUGCAACACUUCCAACAACUGGUUGAGCUGCAUGACGCCAGUGUGAUUUGCAAUAGUUUGUCUCAAACAAAUGAACGAAAUUUGGACACCAAAUCGGCCGAAUUGAAGUUGCUAUUAGGUACCUGGCGAGAUCGUCUACCGAAUGUCUGGGAUGAUAUCAAUGCUUGGCAGGAUCUGGUUACUUGGCGUCAACACAUCUUCCAAUUGAUCAAUACCACUUACCUAAACCUGCUUCCACCUCAGACAAACAAUGUGGCAAGCAAUUCCUACGCCUAUCGUGGUUAUCAUGAAACAGCGUGGAUUAUCAAUCGAUUCGCUCACGUUGCGCGUAAGCAUCAGAUGCCAGACGUUUGUAUCAACCAAUUGAGCCGGAUCUAUACUUUACCGAACAUUGAAAUCCAAGAAGCCUUCUUGAAAUUGAGAGAACAAGCGAAGUGCCAUUACCAGAACCCCAAAGAACUCUCCAGCGGACUCGAUGUCAUCAACAACACCAACCUCAAUUACUUCGGUGCACAGCAGAAAGCCGAGUUCUACAGUCUCAAGGGAAUGUUUUUGGCGAAAUUGAAUAACGUUGAAGAAGCCAAUGACUCGUUUGGUGUUGCGCUGUAUUACGAUCUCAAGCUCGCAAAGGCAUGGGCAGAAUGGGGACAGUAUAACGAUCAACGCUUCAAGAUGGACCCAACCGACUAUGAGCUAGCCGGUAACGCUGUCAGCUGCUAUCUCGAAGCUGCUGGGCUGUAUAAGAAUGCAAAGUCGAGGAAACUUCUCAGUCGUAUUCUCUGGUUGCUGAGUCUUGAUAACGAAGAAGGACGUGUCUCCAGUGCAUUCGAAAACUUCAAGGGCGAUACUCCAGUGUGGUAUUGGAUAACAUUCAUUCCCCAGCUUCUCACAAGUCUUAGCCGUCGGGAGGCUCGUCUAUGCAAAGCGGUGUUGGUCAAGAUUGCCAAGCUCUACCCACAAGCCUUGUUCUUCUUGCUUCGCACGAAUAGGGAAGAUAUGAUUAGUAUCAAGAAGACACAAGAGGCAAAGCAAGAGAAACUCAAUAGGGCCAAGCAGCAGGCAUCGCCUAAUACGAAGGUUGAAGCCGCACGGCCUGGAACUGCGGCUGGUGAAGAGAACCCACAAUCUUCUCCUGCUGUUGCAAACACCUCCACCCCACAGAAUGCUGCCGCUCAACCUAAUGGCCAACCUAAUGCACAGGCUCCAGCACAAACUCAGAAUCCCGCACAACAGCAGACUCCAUCACAAGGACAGGGUCAACCUCAACCUCAGACCCAGCCCCAGCAACAGAAUCAGGCUCAAGGCCAAGCUCCAGCACAGAAUCCCACGCAGCCUGCAAAUACUGGAGAACCGGAGAAGGAACCCAUCAAGAAGCCAUGGGAGUAUUCUGAGGAGAUAAUGGCAGGCUUGAAGACAGCUUUCCCACUGCUGGCACUAUCGAUGGAGACUAUGGUGGAUCAAAUCCAAAAGAACUUCAAAUGCCCACCUGACGAAGAUGCUCAUCGCCUGAUCGUGGCAUUGUUGAAUGAUGGUCUUGCAUAUGUGGGCCGCACACCUGUAGCUUACGCUCAAGAUUUCAAGCUACCACCUGCCACAGAAGCUAACAUCACACGAUUCGCCGAGACUAUUCUUCCAGCACAUAUCCGCAAAUCAUUCGAAGCCGACUUUGUGGUUAAGAAGAUCACGAUGUUCGAGUAUGUGCAGAAGCUGCGACGCUGGCGUGACAAAUUCGAAGAAAAACUAGAUCGCCGUCCACAAUCGCAGUCUCUCGAAGUGUACUCCCCCCAUCUCAGCGAAUUUAGAUUCUUGAAGUUUGAGGAAGUGGAGGUUCCUGGACAGUACCUACUGCUCAAGGACAAGAACCAGGAUUUUGUUCGCAUCGAUCGCUUCCUACCAGACGUAGACUUAGUUCGGGGCAUCGGUGUCUGCCAUCGCCGCCUCAAGAUUCGUGGCCUGGAUGGAAGCAUUCAUCCUUUCGCUGUUCAACACCCUGCAGCUCGCCAUUGUCGUCGUGAAGAGCGCAUUCUGCAACUUUUCCGCAUCUUCAACGGCGUUUUGGCCAAGCGCAAGGAAAGCAGACGUCGCAAUCUCUACUUCCAUCUGCCGCUCAUGGUUCCUGUGGCUCCUCAUAUUCGCUUGGUGCGCGAUGAUCCGUCAUACAUUUCAAUGCAAGGCAUCUACGAAGACUACUGUAGGCGAGAAAGCAUCAAUAAAGAUGAGCCUGUGCUUUUCACAAUGGAGAAGAUGCGUGGACUUGCCGAGAUGAAACAGAGCCGUUCUCUUGAACAACAGCAAGUCCUUCGAACGGAAAUUCUGACUGCCAUCCAGGAAAAGUGGGUGCCUAAUACGGUUAUGUUGGAUUACUUCCAAAAGACCUACCCCAACUAUGCGGACUUCUGGUUGUUCCGUCGCCAAUUCUCAUAUCAGUAUGCCGCAAUCUGUUUCAUGACCUAUGUUAUGCAUAUCGGCAACCGGUAUCCCAACAAGAUUUCCAUUUCUCGGGCUACAGGUGACAUUUGGGGCUCUGAGUUGAUCCCAAGCAUCAACCCAACGAAGGCCUUCUUCUUCAACCCGGAACAAGUUCCUUUUCGCCUUACUCCAAACAUCCAGACCUUGAUGGGACCUAUCGCUACCGAAGGUGUCUUUGCUUGUGCUCUUAUGGCCAUUGCUCGCUGCCUCACAGAACCACGCCAUGAACUAGAGCAACAGCUCAGUCUCUUCGUGCGCGAAGAGAUGAUUUUCUGGGCCACAGCUCAUCAUCGCGGAAAUGUCUCGGAGAACCAGCUACGCGAGCUAGUCCAGAGCAACAGUACUAUCAUCGUCAAUCGUGCCGUUAGCCUUGCUAGUCCUCCGGAGGGUAACCUACCUGCCAACCAGACUACUAUUGAUCUUAUCUCGAAGGCUGUCAAUCCUCAAUCUCUGGCUUCUGCUGAUGCUCUCUGGAUGCCAUAUCUGUAA